AUGAAGGCGACUGUUGUGACUGUCCGCCGGGCGAACUUCGCGAGGAACGAGUGCUCGGGCGGCCUCGCGGCGGAGACGGCGGUGAAGGCGCUGGAGGAAGCCCGGGGGAGGGGUUACGUACGUCAGGGACUGCUGACGUGGAGGCGAGCGCUGUCGGCGAGGCGGGCCGAGCAGAAUCCGCGGACUCGGACUCCGAGACUCCUUCUUCACUCGCACUCUCCUCAGGCUCAGGCUUUGGUGCAGGGUCUGGAGGGAGAUCUCCUCGCACUUGACUGGGUCCGGCGACAGUUUGAGGAAGGCGGGAGCUGGGGGAGACAGGGCGAGAGUGCCGCGAGGCGGAUCGAGAUGCGAGGGUGCUGCGGGGUCCGAGUGGAUGUUGGGCCCUUCGGAUUGCCUUGUAGCGUGGGUAAUCUUGCGCGACUGACCGGGGUGUCCGAUUGGGGCACGGCUGCUGCUCGCAAGGCUGUCUGGGAUGUAAACGUCGACGAGGUCCUGAGAGUCGAAGGCAUGAACCUGGCCUUGACAGGCAGCCACAAUGGAUGGGGGGAGGACGGGGAGGUGCGCGUACUACAAAGGCCGUUGAUAGGCGCCAAGCCCCUCUGGGCCCCGAUACACCUCUUUUCGGCAGUCGCAUCCCGUCCGGCACUUCGACUCACUCACCCAACACUUCGAUUUCGCCUUCGACGCUCUUCGACAUCUUCGACGGUGCGCGACGCUUGCUCGAAGCUCGGCACGGUCGUCCCGAUGCCUCGUGCGUAG